UUAUUGAUCCCCACUGGGCACACACACCUCUAAUUACUGCACCACAGGCGCGAGAGAGCUGCCUGGUGUGUGUGUGUAUGUUUGUGUGUGUCAGGGUAGCCUAGUCCCCCUGUGCAGCAGUGAGAUCCCAUCUGCUCCUGUCUCUUUAAAGCCUGAUCUGCUAGCUGUUUUUUCUCCUCUCCUUCUCUUCGUUUCUCCCUCCCUUUCUCUUCUCUCACCUUUCCUCUGUUCAGUAAUAAACUUGUUCUGUCCUUGGAAGGGCACUGGGCCGUUACCCGUUACCUCUCUGCUAUAGCUACUGGACAAUCAGUGUCUGUCUGUCUCUCUCUCUGUGUGUGUGUGUGUGUGUGUGUGUGUGUGUGUGUGUGUGUGUGUGUGUGUGUGUGUACCUCCAGUAAUAGCAUAGUAAAUCUGUAAUGUUCCUGUUCCAAGACCAGCAUUACAUCAAACCUGCUGUUUCUGAAGGAGAUCACGUAGAGCUGCCCUAAUACUGAACCCGUACCUAACACACACACACACACACACACACACACACACACACACACACACACACACACACACACACACACACACACACUUCAUUCAGACAUAGUGGGUAAUUCCUCACAAAACUAGAACAAAAGAAGACCAUGAUUUUGGGGAUUUUCACAAAAUUGAAUCCAUAGAAGGGUAGGAAAGAUUGUUGACAUAUAUUUGACAUGUGUAUCUUAAAGCAUCAUUGAGAAAUAUUGAAUUGAAGUUGGAACAUUUGUGACAAUUUGGCCUCCUUUAAAAGUCCUAUGCAGCCAGGGUUUUUUCACAAUAUCAAAUCAUUUCUGGGUAAAAAUUAAGUACUUUACCGUUAUUGUUUUCAAUUAAAAUGGUAAAAAAAUAAGCCAAAAUAGCUUUUUCGUAAAGAGCAAUUUCUCAAGCAAGAAUUUUGCUAGGACUGUCUGGGAGUUUAGCGAAAGGAAAGGGGGAUACCUAGUCAGUUGUACAACUGAAUGCAUUCAACUGAAAUGUGUCUUCCGCAUUUAACCCAACCCCUCUGAAUCUGAGAAGUGCGGGGGGCUGCCUUGGUCUGAGUGGGGAGGGGAAAACUGAGAACUAGCUGUUAUUGGCAGAGAGGUUUGAAACGCUCUUUCUUAUUGGUCUAAUUUACCACCUGGUGAUGUCACCAGGCAGGCCAAAACUCAAUUCCACAAAAACAGGCUGAAAUUUCAGGUGGUCUUUUCAAACAGCUCUUACACUAAAAUUGAAUUAUCAUCAUUUUGUCUCUCGCCUCCCUCCAUCCAUCUCUCUCUCUCCCUGCUCUCUCUACUCCUAACAUAUGUUAACACAUCUACCAGAUCUGAUCAGAAUAGGAGGAACAGGAAACAUGCAGAGUCUCAUUCUAAAUCAGAGCCAAUGUGCUAUUUGUCUAUUUAUCAAUAACAGCUGGUGCGCAGUGUCUAAUAUUAAGGAAGUCUUGCGGUAUUGCUCGCCUGAGGUAGAGUACCUCAUGAUAAGCUGUAGACCACACUAUCUACCAAGAGAGUUUUCAUCUAUCAUUUUCCAUAGCCGUCUAUUUACCACCACAAACCGAUGCUGGCACUAAGACUGCACUCAACGAGCUGUAUAAGGCCAUAAGCAAACAAGAAAAUGCUCAUCCAGAAGCGGCGCUCCUAGUGGCCGGGGACUUUAAUGCAGGCAAACUUAAAUCCGUUUUACCUCAUUUCUACCAGCAUGUCACAUGUGCAACCAGAGGGGAAAAAAACUCUAGACCACCUUUACUCCACAUACAGAGACGUUUUGCUAGCACAGACUGGAAUAUGUUCCGGGAUUCAUCCAAUGGCAUUGAGGAGUAUACCACCUCAGUCACCGGCUUCAUCAAUAAGUGCAUCAACAACGUCGUCCUCACAGUGACCGUACGUACAUACCCCAACCAGAAGCCAUGGAUUACAGGCAACAUCCGCACCGAGCUAAAGGCUAGAGCUGCCGCUUUCAAGGAGCGGGACACUAAUCCGGACGCUUAUAAGAAAUCCCGCUAUGCCCUCAGACGAACCAUCAAACAGGCAAAGCGUCAAUACAGGAGAACACCAGCUGUUCCGGACGACUAUGUGAUCACGCUCUCCGUAGCCGCUGUGAGCAAGACCAUUAAACAGGUCAACAUUCACAAGGCCGCAGGGCCAGACGGAUUACCAGGACGUGUACUCAGAGCAUGCACGGACCAACUGGCAAGUGUCUUCACUGACAUUUUCAACCUCUCCCUGACCGAGUCUGUAAUACCACAUGUUUCAAACAGACCACCAUUGUCCCUGUUCCCAAGAACACUAAGGUAACCUGCCUAAAUUAAUACCGACCAGUAGCACUCACGUCUGUAGCCAUGAAGUGCUUUGAAAGGCUGGUCAUGGCUCACAUCGACACCAUUAUCCCAGAAACCCUAGACCCACUCCAAUUUGCAUACCGCCCCAACAGAUCCACAGAUGAUGCAAUCUCUAUUGCACUCCACACUGCCCUUUCCCACCUGGACAAAAGGAACACCUACGUGAGAAUGCUAUUCAUUGACUACAGCUCAGUGUUCAACACCAUAGUGCCCUCAAAGCUCAUCACUAAGCUAAGGACCCUGGGACUAAACACCUCCCUCUGCAACUGGAUCCUGGACUUCCUGACGGGCCGCCCCCAGGUGGUAAGGGUAGGUAACAACACAUCUGCCACGCUGAUCCUCAACACAGGGGCCCCUCAGGGGUGCGUGCUUAGUUCCCUUCUGUACUCCCUGUUCACCCAUGACUGCAUGGCCAGGCACGACUCCAACACCAUCAUUAAGUUUGCCAACGGCACAACAGUGGUAGGCCUGAUCAGCGACAACGAUGAGACAGCCUAUAGGGAGGAGGUCAGAGACCUGGCCGUGUGGUGCCAGGAUAACAACCUCUCCCUCAACGUGAUCAAGACAAAGGUGAUGAUUGUGGACUACAGGAAAAAGAGGACCGAGCACGCCCCCAUUCUCAUCGACGGGGCUGUAGUGGAACAGGUUGAGAGCUUCAAGUUCCUUGGUGUCCACAUCACCAAAAUACGAUCAUGGACCAAACACACCAAGACAGUCGUGAAGAGGGUAUGACAAAGCCUAUUCCCCCUCAGGAGACUGAAAAGAUUUGGCAUGGGUCCUCAGAUCCUCAAAAGGUUCUACAGCUGCACCAUCGAGAGCAUCUUGACUGGUUGCAUGAUUGCCUGGUAUGGCAACUGCUCGGCCUCCGACCGCAAGACACUACAGAGGGUAGUGCGUACGGCCCAGUACAUCACUGGGGCCAAGCUUCCUGCCAUCCAGGACCUCUAUAUCAGGCGGUGUCAGAGGAAGGCCCUAAACAUUGUCAAAGACUCCAGUCACCCAAGUCAUAGACUGUUCUCUCUGCUACCGCAUGGCAAGUGGUACCAGAGCGCCAAGUCUAGGUCCAAAAGGCUCCUUAACAGCUUCUACCCCCAAGUCAUAAGACUGCUGAACAAUUAAUCAAAUGGCCACCCGGACUAUUUAACAAGUCAUAAGACUGCUGAACAAUUAAUCAAAUGGCCACCCGGACUAUUUAAAUGACCCCCCCCCCCCCCCCCCCCCUUUGUUUUUACACUGCUGCUACUCGCUGUUUAUUAUCUAUGCAUAGUCACUUUACCCCCACCUACAUGUACAAAUUACCUCGACUAACCUGUACCCCCGCACAUUGACUUGUGUUACUUUUUAUUUUAUUUUUUACUUUCUUUUAUUUAGUAAAUAUUUUCUUAACUCUAUUUCUUGAACUGCAUUGUUAGUUAAGGACUUGUAAGUAAGCAUUUCACGGUAAGGUCUACACCUGUUGUAUUCGGCGCAUGUGACAAAUAAAAUGUGAUUUGAUUUGAUUUGGAUCCAUCAGGAGAAUGUUUUGUCAAGUGAUGUUAUUGUGCAGUAGUGUCACCCUUGACCAAUCACUGCCAUGUUACAUUAACAUUAUUUUAGUGAUGUUAAAGUGUUAUGAUGAAUCCCCCUCCCCUCUCCUCUGGUUGUUAGGACAGUGGGAUUCUGACUGUCACCCAGAGCUGGUUGUCAUGGUUUCACCUGGCUGGGUUGUCUUGGUGGUGACUAUGUCUCUGCAUAUAUUUACAUGUACAUUAACACAUACACUGUACCCUGUCUAUGCCUGCAUUUGCACGUCAUUAGUAUUCCCUGAGCUGAGGAUGUGUGUGUGAGUGUGUGUUCACUUUGUCAGAGGUGACCUCAUGGCACUCUGCACUUUUAUGAAGUGCAGAGUGGUGUGUGUGUUUCAGUUAGUGAUAGCUAUUGUAAAGUGGUGUUUUGCUUCCCCUCUCUUUCCCAGCUGGCAGAAUGUCUGUCCAUGUUGCCAAGGCAGCCAGUGUCUAUAGUGGGAGACCAGGGGUGCAGUUGUGUGUGUCUGCAGGAGGGGGGUAAUGAAUAAUAGAUGGAAAGUGGAUCAAUAACGCAGUGAAUCACUAAGACUGAAUAACAAUUUAAGCUUGUCCAAUUUGGCCAUUUCAAUUGAUAGGAUUCAUAUAAUAUUCAAUAAAUAUCCUACCCAACAUCCAAUUUGGACGAAACUUUUUUUAAACAAUGGGUUAGAAAUUAGGAAUCCAAAGAAAUUGUCAAAAGCCACCCACGGAUCCCCCACAUCCCACCCCAACAACGAGUAUAUAGUAUCAGUUCUCCAUGUUUGACAAGUAGUAUGGAGCUGCGGCUCAGAGUAUUGUUUCUUCAUCCCAUGUAAUAUAUUCUCAGUGAAUUUGGUGAUGUUUCUUUUCCUGUGUUCAGAGAAAUGUGUCAUUGAAGUUGUUGGGUUUAUGUCCCAUCCUACAUCCUUAUGUUACCAGGUUCUGACCACUGAUGGUGCUGUUCCUGCUAUUAGGUGAUUAUUUUUUUAAGUACUCCCCCUCCCCCAUUGUUAAAGGGAUAGUUCACCCAAAUUACACAAUUACAUAUUGGGUUUCUUACCCUGUAAUCAGUCUAUAGAGUUAGUGAGGUAACUUUGGUAAACUCUAAGCUCAUCUCGGGAUAACCGGUCAUACGAAAGUGGCUCACCUUUUACAUUUAUAUGGCAAAGAAUCCUUUAGAACUAACCUGCUCCGGGGCAGGCUAACUCACGGCUACCUCUACUUACCCUGAAUGAAAUGACUCAACCACGAGUUGAGGACCAAUGAAAUCAGAUUCCCUCCCUCUUGCAAAGAAUGCGUCAUCAUCCCCUUCAUUUUGAGGAAGACAACUUGAUUAACUAUUUUAUUAAUCAAAUGUUUUUUGUGUGUUAAAAAUGUGUAAUGUUAAAAUAAAAUCAUAUUACAUAUUUAGUAAUGACAGAAUGCAUUUUAAACUUCACGCACAGUAACACUUUUGUAUGACUUAAUAAAAUGAUUUUAACAAUAGGAAUAGGAAAAAAGGUGCUUGUGGUUGUGCAUUGAUAAGCACACCAAAGCACACCAAAGUUGCCAUUAAUGAUAAGCAAUAAAAUAAAGACGGCAUUUCUACCAUAGCCUGCUGAAUUUGCAAAAUAACUUUUCUUUCAUUUUCGGCACAAAUGAAAAUGUGGCACUGACUCACCCAUGGAUUGAUGUUUCGGCAUUGUCUCAAUGAAGAGUUACAAGCCUGCUAGAGUGCAAGUGCAGAUACAAGCCUGCUAGAGUUAGCGGCAGGCGGAUUAACACUAUCCACUGUCGUAGUAUGGAUGAAGCCUGAGCUGGAAUGCGAAGCUAACUGAAGCUGGUUACAGUAACUUUAGAAAACCCUGAGUAGAUCUAGCUUGCUUUGUAGGAUGCCCCUUUGCUAUGACAGCGACCCAUGAUAUGGUUUUGUUUACCUGGCCACUGUUUCAAAUGCAUUUUCAUGCUUCAUGUAUAAAUCAUCCUAAAGUAUCUAAAUAUUUAUUGUGUAACUCAAUGAUAUUACUUAUAGAUGAUUUGGAUAUGAAUCGCGAAAAUGCUAAUAUAGGUACCAUUGACUUGCUUGAAUUGGAUUUGUGGCACAAAUGCUAAUAAGUUAGCAUUUGAAACAGUGGCCAGGUAAACAAAACCAAAGCAUGGGUUGUUGUCAUACAUGGUCCACAGACUGAUUACAGGGUAAGAAAACCAAUAUGUAAUUGCGUAAUUUGGGUGAACUAUCCCUUUAACAAUGGGGGAGCGGGAGUACUUAAAAAAAGAAUCACCUAAUAGCAGGAACAGCACCAUCAGUGGUCAGAACCUGGUAAUAUCAGCCUGUAGGAUGGGAUAUAAACCCAUCAACUUCAAUGACACAUUUCUCUGAACAGAAAAAAAUAAUACAUCACCAAAUUCACUGAGAAUAAUUUAUAUAGGAUGAAAAUACUAUAUAAUACCCAGAGCCGCAGCUCCAUACUACUUGUCAAACAUAGAGAACUGAUACUAUAUACUCGUUGUUGGGCUGGGAUUGGCGUGGGGUGUGGGAGGUCCACGGAUGGCUUUUGACCAGUUCUUUGGAUUCCUCAUGUUUUACUCAUUGUUAGAAAAAAGUUUUGUCCAAAUCGGAUGUUAGGUACUAUAAUUAUUGAAUAUUAUAUGAAUCCUAUAAAUUAUAUAAAAUAUAAAUUAGCUUUAUUUCAUAGUGAUCAAAUCAUAUUUCAACAAAAUAAUGCUUAUCUUUCUGAACAAUCUGAGAUGUGGGUGUCAUGGCUUGCUCAAAUGACAUGGAACGACCCUGCGUAUGCAUAGAGAGUCAACAUAACAACGUACAGUAUCACACCACAGUCCACGGCUCAUUAGGGUGUGCGUGUGUGUGGGUGAAGCUUGUGAUUCUUAUUACAGUGCCUUGCAAAAGUAUUCAUCCCCCUUGGCAUUUUUCCUAUUUUGUUGCAAUACAACCUGUCAUUUAAAUUGAUUUUUAUUUGGAUAUCAUGUAAUGGACAUACACCAAAUUGUCCAAAUUGGUGAAGUCAAAUGAAAAAAAUAACUAAUGGAAAAGUGGUGCGUGCAUAUGUAUUUACCCCCUUUGCUAUGAAGUCCCUAAAUAAGAUCUGGUGCAACCAAUUACCUUCAGAAGUCACAUAAUUAGUUAAAUAAAGUCCACCUGUGUGCAAUCUAAGUGUCACAUGAUCUCAGUAUAUAUACACCUGUUCUGAAUGGCCCCAGAGUCUGCAACACCACUAAACAAGGGGCACCACCAAGCAAGUGGCACCAUGAAAAUGUAUGCACUCACUAACUGUAAGUCACUCUGGAUAAGAGCGUCUGCUAAAUGACUCCAAUGUAAAUGUAAAAUGAAGACCAAGGAGCUCUCCAAACAGGUCAGGGACAGAGUUGUGGAGAAGUACAGAUCAGGGUUGGGUUAUAAAAAAAUAUCAGAAACAUUGAACAUCCCACGGAGCACCAUUAAAUCCAUUAUUUAAAAAAUGGAAAGAAUAUGGCACCACAACAAACCUGCCAAGAGAGAGCCACCCACCAAAACUCACAGACCAGGCAAGGAGGGCAUUAAUCAGAGAGGCAACAAAGAGACCAAAGAUAACCCUGAAGGAGCUGCAAAGCUCCACAGCGGAGAUUGGAGUAUCUGUCCAUAGGACCAUUUUAAGCCAUACACUCCACAGAGCUGGGCUUUACGGAAGAGUGGCCAGAAAAAAGCCACUGCUUAAAGAAAAAAAUAAGCAAACACGUUUGGUGUUCGCCAAAAGCCAUGUGGGAGACUCCCCAAACAUAUGGAAGAAGGUACUCUGGUCAGAUGAGACUGAAAUUGAGCUUUUAGCCAUCAAGGAAAAUGUCUGCCGCAAACCCAACACCUCUCAUCACCCCGAGAACACCAUCCCCACAGUGAAGCAUGGUGGUGGCAGCAUCCUGCUGUUGGGAUGUUGUUCAUCGGCAGGGACUGGGAAACUGGUCAGAAUUGAAGGAAUGAUGGAUGGCGCUAAAUACAGGGAAAUUCUUGAGGGAAACCUGUUUCAGUCUUCCAGAGAUUUGAGACUGGGACGGAGGUUCACCUUCCAACAGGACAAUGACCCUAAGCAUACUGCUAAAGCAACACUCGAGUGGUUUAAGGGGAAACAUUUAAAUGUCUUGGAAUGGCCUAGUCAAAGCCCAGACCUCAAUCCAAUUGAGAAUCUGUGGUAUGACUUAAAGAUUGCUGUACACCAGCGGAACCCAUCCAACUUGAAGGAGCAGGAGCAGUUUUGCCUUGAAGAAUGGGCAAAAAUCCCAGUGGCUAGAUGUGCCAAGUUUAUAGAGACAUACCCCAAGAGACUUGCAGAUGUAAUUGCUGCAAAAGGUGGCUCUACAAAGUAUUGACUUUCGGGGGGUGAAUAGUUAUGCUCAAGUUUUCAGUUUUUUAGUCUUAUUUCUUGUUUGUUUCACAAUAAAAAAUAUUUUGCAUCUUCAAAGUGGUAGGCAUGUUGUGUAAAUCAAAUGGUACAAACCCCCCAAAAUCCAUUUUAUUUACAGGUUGUAAGACAACAAAAUAGGAACAAUGCCAAGGGGGGUGAAUACUUUCGCAAGCCACUGUAAACUGUGGGAUAGAGAGAUAGAUCGGGGAAAGGAAGAGGAGGGAGAUGAGUGAAAGGGAAAGCUUGAUUAAAGUUUCUCUCUAUCCUCUCUCCCCCUCCCCAGUAGGGAACUCUGGCAGAGCCGUAUGCAGCCCAGUGGCUCUCCUGCUCAGGGAAAACAUGCCACUGAGACACAGGCUGAGAUAGCUACAGAGCCAUUAUUCACUCGUAUAGAGAACAACGUUCUAACACGCACACACAUGCACACACACACAUACACACCGUCACAGAGUGUGUGAGGGAGAGACUAAUCGCCUCUCUAAUAGAAACUUCAUUAGCACAGUUCUGUCCCUCCGAGCCAUCUCUGACACGCCGUGCUGCCCCAGAGUCAGCAGUCAGCCACGGAGACAGACAGACAGAUAG